UGACAUUUGAUGAGCUUGGCGCUUCUAAUAGACAAAUUAAUAUAGUGAUUAAUAAUUAAAAAAGCUAGUGAAAAUAUGACUUUGAGUAUUGGAAAUGCAUCAGGAAUACCUGAUAAAAUUUGGCAACCUCCAAUUGUUAGUUUAGAAACAACUAUGGGAGAAGUAACAAUUGAAUUAUAUUGGAAACAUGCACCAAAUACCUGUAGAAACUUUGCUGAACUCGUUCGUCGAGGUUAUUACAACGAUGUUAAGUUCCACAGAAUUAUUAAAGACUUUAUGAUCCAAGGUGGAGACCCCACUGCUACAGGCCGAGGAGGUUCAUCAAUUUAUGGCCCAACUUUUCCAGAUGAAAUUCAUCCAGAACUUAAACACACCGGUGCAGGAAUUAUUUCUAUGGCAAAUUCUGGUCCUGAUACUAAUGGCUCACAAUUUUUUAUCACAUUGGCUCCAACACAGUGGUUGGAUGGCAAACAUACUAUAUUUGGAAGAGUGUACUCAGGAAUGAAUGUUGUUAAAAGGAUAGGACUUGUGGAAUGUGAUAAAAAUGAUAGACCUUGUGAUGAUGUAAAAAUACUGAAAGCGAGAAUAAUAAAAAAUUGA